AUGGCACCAUCUUUGCAUCCUCUCAUCGACAACGGCUUGACCAAGGGAAGCAGCAGCCACCCAGGAGGUACACUGAAGUGCCAGUGUGGUUCCAACAAAGUUGAAGUCUCCAUCAAGGGCGACGUCCUCCACAACCAUGCGUGCGGCUGCUCCAAGUGCUGGAAGCCCAAAGGAGCACUCUUCUCUGUCGUUGGCGUUGUCCCGGUCGACAACCUCAAGGUUACUGCCAACGAGAAGAAGCUGAAGAUCGUGGACGAGAGCGCCACCAUCCAGCGCCACGCCUGCCAGGAAUGCGGCGUCCAUCUCUUCGGACGUAUCGAGAAGGACCACCCCUUCAAGGGUCUCGACUUCGUCCACGUCGAGCUAUCGGACGAGAAGGGCUGGCAGGAGCCCCAGUUUGCCGCAUUCGUGUCCAGCAUCAUCGAGCAAGGUUUCGAUCCCAAAGGUAUGGAUGAGGUGCGCGGGAAGUUCAAGUCAGUCGGGCUAGAGAGCUACGACUGUCUGUCACCGGCCUUGAUGGAUGCCAUCGCCACCUACACCGCUCAACACUAG